UAGGGCCUAACAGGACCUUAGAGACCAGCUGAUCCACUGCUAGACCCCCCUUCCUUUAUAGAUGGGGAAAGUAAGGAACCAAGAAGGGGAAGAGGCUUUCCCUUGGGUCACACAGCCAGUUAGAUUUCUUCAGAGGGCAGGAGAUACUGGCUAGGGUGGGGCGCCUUAACCACAGGACUAGAUCCUCCUUUCUGCCCUGAGCCCUGUUCCUGAGUCCCUUUCUCCAUCAAGCCAGUGGGAGGCCCAGAGCUGCAGGUAGUAGGAGCUGAGGAGGAGAGAUAGGCCAGGCUGGAGCUCAAGAAUGCUGGCACUGAGUCUACUGUUUCCCAUGGACCCCCAAGGCUGGCUUCUGACAGGUAUCCUUACCUUUUUCCUUGGCUGUGGUGGGCUCCCAGGCUGUAAGAGUGGUCGAAUUAUUGGUGGCCGAGAGGUAAAGCCACACUCCAGGCCCUAUAUGGCUUCUGUGCGCUUUAUGGGUCAUCAUCACUGUGGAGGAGUGCUUUUCAUGGCCCAGUGGGUGAUGACGGCAGCCCACUGCUUCUUCAACAAAAACAGCAGCCUUAGCCUGAUAGUGCUGGGUGCCCACUCCACCAACAACCCUGAGCCCACUCAACAAACGUUCACCAUCCAGCAAUCUAUCCUGCACCCGGGCUAUGACCCCCAGACGCAUCAAAAUGACCUUUGUCUGCUGAAGCUAGAUCACAAGGCUACCCUCAGCUCCUCAGUGGGACUAGUGAAGCUGCCCAGGGCAGGUGUGGACCCCAAGCACGGCACACGGUGCCUGGUGUCAGGCUGGGGCUCUCUGUCUGACUUCGGACACCCAUCACCAGGCUUAAUGGAGGCGGACGUGAGUGUGCUGGAUCGGAGGACCUGUAACAGCAGCUGGAAAGGCCAAGUCAGCAGCAAGAUGCUUUGUGCCAUUAGUGGGAAAUGGAAGCGCGUAGGCUUCUGCACGGCGGACUCUGGAGGGCCCCUGAUCUGUGGAACACAAGCCCUGGGCAUUGUCUCCUUCUCCGGCACCUGGUGUGGAGACCCCAAGACUCCAGAUGUCUACACACUUAUCUCUGCCUUCAUCACUUGGAUCCGGAGUGUGACUCAGAAAUCCACUCUUACUCCCUUCCCCUCCUAGACUCAGAUAUGGUUCCUGAUACUAAAGAUAAAUGUAUGUUAAUUGUA